ACCAAGGAAUGGGUGAUGACUGCUGCUCACUGCUUCUUCAGUGAAACUCCCAGUGAUUGGCAGGUGUCUCUGGGCCGCCAGAGCCUGCAAGGAGACAACCCAAACGAAGUGACCAAGGAUGUUGCCGCAAUCGUGUUGCAUCCCAACUACGACAGUGCCACCAGCGACAACGACAUUGCUCUGCUCAGACUUUCCACACCAGUCCAAUUCACAGACUACAUCAGACCUGUGUGUCUGGCAGCUAGUGGCAGUCAAUUCAACAACGGUACAGACAGCUGGGUCACUGGCUGGGGUGCAGUCCAGGAGGGAGUGUCCUUACCGUUCCCUGAAACGCUGCAAGAAGUGGAGGUGCCGGUUCUGGGAAAUCGACAGUGCAACUGCCUCAAUGGAGUGGGGACAGUCACAGACAACAUGAUCUGUGCUGGUGUUCUGGCAGGAGGCAAAGACUCGUGUCAGGGUGACUCGGGAGGUCCAAUGGUGAGUAAGCAGGGCUCCGUCUGGGUCCAGUCUGGAGUUGUGAGUUUUGGAUUUGGCUGUGCUCGGCCCAAUCUUCCGGGGGUCUACUCCAGAGUGUCCCGUUACCAGUCCUGGAUCGACUCUCAUAUCAGCUCCGAUAAGCCAGGCUUUGUCCAGUUCACCUCAAGUGGGCUGGAUGCUGACAGCAGCUACACCUGUCCUGGCCUGCCAUCCCCUGAUGAUGCUGCUACUACUGCUGCACCAGAUCUUACAACCACAGAUCAAGGAUCCACAAUGUCAAGUGCCGAAUCAUGUGGCAUCACUCCCCUCAACAACAGGAUAGUCGGAGGUGAAGACGCGCCACCUGGAAGUUGGCCCUGGCAGGCUAGUCUGCAGAUAUUUGGCGGCCAUGUUUGUGGUGGUUCCCUCAUCACCAAGGAAUGGGUGAUGACUGCUGCUCACUGCUUCUUCAGUGAAACUCCCAGUGAUUGGCAGGUGUCUCUGGGCCGCCAGAGCCUGCAAGGAGACAACCCAAACGAAGUCACCAAAAGAGUUGCUACUAUUAUUUUGCAUCCCAGCUAUAACAGUGCCACCAAUGACAACGACAUUGCUCUGCUCAGACUCUCCACACCAGUCCAAUUCACAGACUACAUCAGACCUGUGUGUCUGGCAGCUAGUGGCAGUCAAUUCAACAACGGUACAGACAGCUGGGUCACUGGCUGGGGUGCAGUCCAGGAGGGAGUGUCCUUACCGUUCCCUGAAACGCUGCAAGAAGUGGAGGUGCCGGUUCUGGGAAAUCGACAGUGUAACUGCCUCAAUGGAGUUGGGACAGUCACAGACAACAUGAUCUGUGCUGGUGUUCUGGCAGGAGGCAAAGACUCGUGUCAGGGUGACUCGGGAGGUCCAAUGGUGAGUAAGCAGGGCUCCAUCUGGGUCCAGUCUGGAGUUGUGAGUUUUGGAUUUGGCUGUGCUCGGCCCAAUCUUCCGGGGGUCUACUCCAGAGUGUCCCGUUACCAGUCCUGGAUCGACUCUCAUAUCAGCUCCGAUAAGCCAGGCUUUGUCCAGUUCACCUCAAGUGGGCUGGAUGCUGACAGCACCUACACCUGUCCUGGCCUGCCAUCCCCUGAUGAUACUGCUACUACUGCUGCACCAGAUCUUACAACCACAGAUCAAGGAUCCACAAUGUCAAGUGCUGAAUCGUGUGGCAUCACUCCCCUCAACAACAGGAUAGUUGGAGGUGAAGAUGCGCCACCUGGAAGUUGGCCCUGGCAGGCUAGUCUGCAGAGUUCUGGCAGACAUCUUUGUGGUGGUUCCCUCAUCAACAGAGAGUGGGUGAUGAGCGCUGCUCACUGCUUCUCCAGGUGGGUAGUUGUAGCAGUGAAACUCCCAGCUGAUUGGCAGGUGUCUCUGGGCCAGAACCUGCAAGGAGACAACCCAAGCGAAGUGACCAAGGAUGUUGCUACUAUUAUUUUGCAUCCCAGCUAUAACAGUGCCACCAAUGACAACGACAUUGCUCUGCUCAGACUCUCCACACCAGUCCAAUUCACAGACUACAUCAGACCUGUGUGUCUGGCAGCUAGUGGCAGUCAAUUCAACAACGGUACAGACAGCUGGGUCACUGGCUGGGGUGCAGUCCAGGAGGGAGUGUCCUUACCGUUCCCUGAAACGCUGCAAGAAGUGGAGGUGCCGGUUCUGGGAAAUCGACAGUGCAACUGCCUCAAUGGAGUGGGGACAGUCACAGACAACAUGAUCUGUGCUGGUGUUCUGGCAGGAGGCAAAGACUCGUGUCAGGGUGACUCGGGAGGUCCAAUGGUGAGUAAGCAGGGCUCCGUCUGGGUCCAGUCUGGAGUUGUGAGUUUUGGAUUUGGCUGUGCUCGGCCCAAUCUUCCGGGGGUCUACUCCAGAGUGUCCCGUUACCAGUCCUGGAUCGACUCUCAUAUCAGCUCCGAUAAGCCAGGCUUUGUCCAGUUCACCUCAAGUGGGCUGGAUGCUGACAGCAGCUACACCUGUCCUGCUCUUACACCAUCUCCAACAACUUCUCCAGUUACCAAUCCUCCGAGGUCUGUGUGUGGAAAAGCUCCCAUGAAUAGCCGAGCUGUGGGUGACAGCGGUGUUGUACCUGGGGGAAUGUGGCCCUGGAUGGUUCGCCUCCUUAAAAACGGCAUUUACUCUUGCGCUGGAACUCUCAUUGCUGAAAACUUUGUCCUCACCUCUGCUGAUUGUUUCUCAGCGUCUAGCCCAGAUGUCAGUGAAUGGACUGCAUAUGUAGGCCACAAACAUGUGAACGGCUCUGAGCAGUUUGAGAUGUCUCUCAGUGUUGUGAACAUCACAGUGAGCAAAAUGACCGGCUCCAAUAUUGCACUGCUGCAGCUUGUUAAAACAGUCAGCUUCAAGGAUCAUAUCCAGCCUGUGUGUAUGGACACCAGCAACACCAGAACCUUCCCCAUUGGAAGUCAGUGCUGGGUGCCAGGGUGGGGGGAGGAGAGCAAGAACAGAGGUACUGACAAAGCUGGCUCAAGUAUGCGAGACCUGGAAACUCAAGUGGCAAGCUGUGGAGGUACUUCAGAUUCUGAGAACAUCUGCACAGUCACCAUGGACCUUCAACAGGGGGAUCAGGGUGGCCCACUGCUUUGCAAGUCAGACUCCUCUUGGUUCCAGGUGGCUGUUGUCUCUGUGAGUGGAAGUAAAUCUGCCCGUGCUGACGUUCAGGUCUUCACUAAAACUUCAAGAUUUGGCUCCUUUUUAAAGGAGACAGUUGGUGACAUGCCGACUCCUGCAGCUACAGGAAAAGCACCAAGUUUCUCAAUUUCCUUAUUUCUCUCUCUGGCUGUCCCUUUUGCUUCAGUCUUCCUGUUGUAA